AUGUAUCCUUCUGGAUCUUAUGCCAAACCUUAUCCGGCUCUCAUUCUUUCCCAGAGCAUCUACACUUUCCUCGUUUAUAAGGAAAUUUGGUGUGAUGGUUGUUAUGAUUUAGUUCAUUUUGGUCAUGCGAACUCAUUUCGUCAAGCUAAAUUAUUAGCAAAUAAAUUAAUAGUUGGUGUUCAUUCUGACAAUGAAGUCUUAAAACAUAAGCGAUUACCAAUUUAUACAGAAGAAGAACGUUAUAAAUUAAUUAAAGGCAUUAAAUGGGUCGAUGAAGUAGUAGAAGAUUCACCGUACGUUACGACAAUAGAUGUUUUAGAUAAAUAUAAUUGUUAUUAUUGUGCUCAUGGAAAUGAUAUAACAGCUACAUUCGAUGGUAUUGAUACAUAUAAAAUAAUAAAAGAAACUAAUCGAUAUAAAGAAUUGAAGAGGACACCAGGCAUUUCAACAACUGCCAUUAUUAACAGAAUUUUGGAAAAAUAUCAAGAAAAGAAUAAAUCAACAAUCACUUUAGAAAAUAAUGGAAUUUUAUUUGAAGAAGAAACCAAUAAUAAACAUAGCAAGUGGACUGGCAUUAAUGAUCCAUUUUUAAUGACAACAUCCAAAAUAUUUGAAUUUAUGAAUAAUGAAUAUCGAACACCGAAAUCAAAUGACAAAAUUAUUUAUGCACCUGGUUCUUAUGAUUUAUUUCAUAUAGGACAUUUAGAUUUUUUAGAGAAUUGUAAAAAUGAAAGUGAUUAUUUAAUAGUCGGUUUAUAUACUGAUGAAAUAAUUAAAAAAAUCAAAAAUUCACAAUAUCCAAUAAUGAAUUUACAAGAACGCAUAUUCAAUGUUUUGUCAUAUAAGUGUGUUGAUGAAGUUAUAAUCGGGGCACCAUAUAUAAUUUCAGAAGAUUUUAUAAAUCAAAUUAAAAUCGAUACUAUAUAUCAUGGUGGCAAACACUUAAUAUUCGCAAAUGAUUAUGUGCGUGGUAUACGAAAUAACGGAAAGCAAACCGAAAAUUAA